AUGACCGUGUCUUUCGGGGCAUUCGACUUUGCACUUAGUUAUCUUUGCGACUACGUGCGGGCCGUGGCGAUAAAUAGGUCAUGUUCGCCUCUUCGUCUAAAAUACUGUAUCAGAGGAAAAAAAAAGUCAAAACGAAAGGGAGAGAGUUCCCCAACCAACCGCGGAAGAGCCGACGAGUCUACACACUCUGAGAUGGCGGCGGCGCUGCCGGCGACAGGGAGGGGGAAGCGGAAGCGCGAUUUCUCCGAGGACGACGUGUUCCUCAUCCUCUACAAGUACGCGCCCGCGACGAUCCUGACGGCACUUCAGGAGGUGGCGCAGCACACGAAGGGGAGGAAGAUCGACUGGAGGGCGCUGGUGGCCAAGACGACCACGGGGAUCACCUCCGCCCGCGAGUACCAGAUGCUCUGGCGCCACUUCGCCUACGGACACGAGUUCGUCGAGAACGUCGACGACAGCGCCCAGCCUCUGGGUGAUGACAGUGACUUGGAAUGUGAGAUCGAACCUGUUCCUACCCCGAGGAACGAAGAUAUAGCUGAGGCCUCAGGGUUCGCCAAGCUUUUACUUUAUGGAUCUUCACGUGAGCAAGCCUCUAGUCACCGUGUUAACUCGGAAGUUCCUGUGCAAAACACUCCAAAGGAAAAGAUACCACGGGUUCCAUCUGACAAACAGCUUAAUCAGAGUCACCGUCUAACAAAUGGGACUGGUCCAGUUUCCAACUUGAAACAGACAUCCCAGACAGGCUUAUCUCUUGAUCCUUUUGAUGGAAAUGGACCUCAUAAAAAGAAGAAGAAGCCUAAACCAUGGUCUAAAGAGGAGGAUGCAGACUUAACAACUGGUGUGCAGAAGUGUGGUGAAGGAAAUUGGCUGGAUAUUCUGCAUAAAUAUAACUUUGAUAACACAAGAACACCUGUUCAGUUGUCUCAGAGAUGGGCACUAAUUUGCAAGCGACAAGGAAUAACCAAGCCUGCUAAUGCUAAACCAGUCACUGGGAAUCUUGAUAAAGAGGCUGCUCAAAAGGCAUUUUCUUUGGCUAUUGGUAUGCCUAUUGCAAGGAAGGCUGGCUCAUCUACAUCAAGAUCAGGAGCUUCGCAACAGAGUAGUCAACAUCCUCUUCCAGUAUUCGGUACUACGAUACCUGAGUUAAAACCUGCGACAGCCUCUUCCUCAUUACCAGUGUCAGUACCAGGGCCAGUAACAUUGCCAGUGCCUGUACAUGUGCAGCAGCCACUUCCUCAAAUUCUACAAGUUUCUGCCCAAGCUCCACCCUUGAAAGUAUCAAACACUUCAAGCAAGUCACGAAAUAACAAGAAGCAAGGUGCACAACAAAAUCCUGUAAGCGCUCCUUCCUCGAUACAAGCAGCAGCUAUUGCUGCUGGUGGGCGAAUUGCCACACAAAGUGAUGCCACCAACUUUUUAAAAGUUGCGCGAUCCACCAAAGCUGUGCACAUAAGAUCUCAAGGAACAGGAUCUGCAAAAAUUUCUACAGGCUCUAAAGCAUCCACUGUGGCUGGUGAACCUGGGACACAGCUUGGCAGUGCUCAACAUCCAGAACCUCCAAAUUCUAGUGCCCCUACACCAUCUCCUCCGGUUUUGACUACUCAUGCAACUGAGCAAGUUAAUGUUGUUUCGGAACUUACAGUAGUUAAUCAUCCGGAACAAUCUGCUGGUGCGCAUUUGUUAGAAACUAACAGCACACUGAACACCAUGCCGCUGUCUGGUCCAUGUGACAAUGUGGAGAUGGAUGAUGACUCUACAUUUUGUGUAGUCACGAUGGAGGACUUGUUCCCUGAAGAUGUGAAGCAACCAGAUAUCGUAGAUCUCAAGGCUGAGGAGAUCAUAGAUCCCAAGGAUGCUGACAUGCUAGAGUUUGAUCGCUUUGUUGCCCAAGGAUGCUUGAAUAUGGAUUAUGUGGAUAAGAGCAAAAAUGUCAAAAUUGCUCCUGAAGCUCAAGGUGGCGCUGGCAGCCAGAAAAGACAACUGAAACAGCUAUCCGCAGUUGGUAAAAGCAUCCCUGUGUUUUCUAGAGCAGCAGCAACUGGAAAGAAAACCAAAACUCUAGGUCCAAAUGUAGCGACCUUCCCAGCAACAGGGACCUCCAGUGGUCUUAUUGGCACAGGCAAUGCUGGUGUGCUGAGUAAAGCAGUAUGGGGGAAGACAGCUGGUCUAGGCACCACGGGCAAACAAAAUAGGUGCCAAGAAAUUAUGGCUCAGAAGCAGCAUACCACAAACUCAAAAGGUAACGGAGUACCCAAGAAUGCGGUCCUCAGCACUGGAACAGCAGCCAAGAAUAUGGCUCCCACCACUGGAACACCAGCCAGGAAUGUGGCUCCUGGCACUACUGGGACACCAGCUAGAAACGUGGCUCUUGUCACGGGAACACCAGCCAGGAACUCGGCUCUUGGCACUGGAACAUCAGUCAGGAACGUGUCUCCCGGCAGUGGAACACCAGCCAAUCGCCAUGCUAGCCCAGCGGCGAAUGGGAGUAGCAAGGGGAAUCCACCAGCUGCCCAAUAGCCAGGCUAACAUGGUGAAUGCUGUAAUAAUGCUUGUACCACCGGCGCGCCGUUAAAUGUGAAUAGGGCCUUGUACUCAUAACAUGCAUCUUGUUUUCUGUCCCCUCGCAUUUGCUCCCCUCUUUUCUGAACCAAGCACCGGACAAACACAGUAGAUUGGAUUGAUAUCAUCUUUAAAGUACCAAUAAUACUUAGCAUGCCAUAUACUCUGGAUGAUCGUGCCAUCUUUCUGGAUGUUAUAUCUCAGUGGUCUCACUCUCUCGAGACUCGCGAUGGCAAGUUGUGUUCCAUC